ACUCGCAACCCUUGCCAAGUCCCCGCGGCUUAUCAAGACAAGGGCUGGCCCAGCCCUGCAGUGCUUGCUGUCCCUGGUUCCUUCCCUGUCCUUCCCAUGGAUGCUUCUGAUGUUGAGUUCGUUCCUGUACAUGAUAGCCCUGGUACAACAACUUCGGUAUCACCUUCAGCACCGGUAUAUCGUCACCAAGACUCACAAGAGACAAACAACGUCUCUGGAACAGCUACUCUCGCGGCAGCAAACGGUGACGACGACAAUAGCCCCGAUGGCCCCGCAGCACCCCAAGGUGGUGCUGCUGAUGAUACUCGGUACCCUUCUUUGGAGCCCUUUCGGCCGAAAAGCUUCAACAGCCAGCUCGGGCACGGUUUAGGGGGACUGCUGUUGGGAUCUCGAUCAACAUCGAAGAAGAGCAGUCAGAGCUUCGUGGCGAGCACCAAGAGCACUAUGGUCAGUGGCUUGGGAGUUUUGGCAAAAGCUGCAAAGGCCAGUGCGACCACGAUGGAUGAUGGGUACGUUGCCAUGUUGACACCCUGCGAAUCACCAGUGAACAAGGCUACAGGUAGCUGCGGAGGACCCGCAUUUCCGUCGUCGUCAGGAGCAGCUCCGUUCAAACCUUCCGCUUCCUCCCGAGCGGGGCUAGCUGCAAGACUGGGCUCUGCUCUGCAGUCCUGGGCCUCGUCGUCUGCUAAUGCCACGCCCCCGCGAGAGGGUAGACCGGGUCCGCUCGGAGCAAGGUACACUCAGCAGCAGCGGCGGUCAAAGUCGCCGGAGCAGGGGGUGCCACGGGCUCAAGACCGUCGCUCUCCGAUGCCAACAAUCCCGCCCUCAUACCAGCAGCUUCCAAGCGGCCCACUGCCGGCAAACCCGCCCGCUAGCCGUCAAGGCCGCGUGGAUACGGACGAGGGGAAGGUGGCACAGGUGAGCGAAUGCAUUGGGGACAGAGUGGUCUCAGCCGAUGAGACCGCUACAGCAGUAGCAGCACUAUCGAGCAGUCACGCCGAGGCUUUGUUGCCCGGACUUGGGGACGGCGAACCGGAAAAGGGUACUGAGCGUUCCGCCGCUGGCAGAGCGUCAGCAGAGACCCAACCUGCGAGGGAGGAAAUUUCGAUUGAGGAAAAGGAAAAGGAUGUGCAGGAAAGAGGGGGUGAGCAGAAGGAGGCUGAGGCUGAGGAAGAGGUCUCAGGCGAGGAGGGUUUGGGGAUCGCGCAAAAGCAGGAAAAUGACAAAGUGCAAGGCGCAGACCUGAGUCCAUUCGAGGAACAACCAACAGAAGCAACAGAUAGAGACAGUAUUGCCAUAGUGGUGGCAGGAGUGGCACCUCAAGCUCCUGUUUCUGGCUUAACCACCGCCGAUGCCGCGGGAGAGAGGCAGCAGCUUCAGGAACAAGUGGACGGGGGUGCAGAAGCCGGCGCAGGCUUGACAAGAGCAACGGCGACGACAGCCGAGCGCACCCCGUGCUCUCCGGCAGCAUCAGCGAUGUCAAGCAGCGCACCAGGAGAGCAGAGCACCCAUACUGCCGAGAGGUGGGGGGGAAGAAAUCGCGAGACCUCAGGCGAAAGGAUGACCGAAGAUCGAGGCAAGGACAAAGAGACGAAGACGAAGAAGGUCGGGCUGUGGGAGCUUAAGGCUGAAAGGAGCCGGCUGGAGCACGCGCUCGUCGAGGCGGAGGCCGACCGCGACGUGGAGAGGGCGAGAGCGAUGGAAGCGGCGGACCGCGUCGAAGAAGCAAUAGCGCGGCUGGAAAGCUUGCGCCGGCGGUGUGGCGUUGAAGGAGCGGUUGGCACUGGUAAGGCGGCGGCGGCGGCGGCGGCGGCGGCGGCUGGCCUUGUCGGGUAGAGGAUGUCAGGGGUGCAGCGGAUUGCGGUUGACGUUAACCGCUGCGAACGCUGGCUGUUACCGUAAGUCAUACCAUGGUAUGCCGCAGUUGAUUGGUGCCCUUGCCCGUGUAAACCGAGAGGUUGAACGCGCUUAGGAUCGAAGAUGAGUGUAGCCUAAAAUUGUUGCAGGUGGCGAUGAUUGGGUAGCGCCGUUGCGUAUGGUGUCUUCGGCAGUGACUCGUGUCAACAGGUCGAACCCAUAUAUCGUCGCCGCAUUUAGAGUAUAGCGUCGCCAUGAGAGUCGAGUGUGGUCGAAUGACGCACUUGCUUGUCCUUGCUAAGCGCAGGCAGGCCCGAUGUAUUUUCCCAAACCCGGAAACGCCAUGGUCUAUGCCGGAUACCGGAUAAAGCGGAACCAACGAACGCUUUUAAGUGAGGUGCGGCGCCACAGCAUCGACACACAACCAAAACGGCGCCCCGAUGAUACAUGACGGACCGCAUUUGACGAUGACUGCGAUUGAUAUGGAUGUGUUUCACGAUGCUGCUGCCCCAGAGCCACUAGAGGUAGCUGCGCUCCAAAGCGCAAAGCGUGUGUUUCCUGGAGUUGAGACAGACACAGAGACGUUACGCACGUGAUCACUCAUUGUGGAUCUAUCACCUCUGAUCCCUUCGCGGAUAUUCAGCUCAAUCAUCCGCUCCGUUUUUGCUUUUUCCACGGGGCAGGUGUCACUCCGACGCAUCGGUGUGUUCUCUUAGGACCCCUGUUGUCCGGUGGUAUCCCGCACGCACACGUCCACUCUCGUGCCGUUGCGUCCUUUUCACAAUUCACCGUUUUCAGCGGGAUAUCAUCUAAGCUAAGUCACAUGAAGUCCGUGAUGCACUUGAGGGAGGGACGAAACCGAUGCCCUCAUCUCGUGUUUACCAAAAUGGGAGCGUGCACCGCAGGGCAGUACCACACCACAAGCUCAUGACGCCAGGACCGAUCGGUAUUGGAAAGUAAACAAUACAACAUGAGGCAACAGAGCGCAUGUAACCCUUCCGUACAUCGACUCGUGUUGAAAACCCGCCCUCUUGUACAAACACCAGUCCCUUUUGAUGAAAAGCAUUCCUAAAGGCCGUCCCCUGUCCCCUGUUCAGUAUACGCAUAUCGCGCCUGAACUUCAACUAAAAACCCACCUUGGACUCUCGCCCCUCGAACGACUAUCGGCGUAUGAUACAACGCAAAACAAUCGACCCUCGAACGGCCGCUCUACCUAGCCACAAAUGUACCCCGGAACCGCUUCAUGUACGCACGAGAAUGAGCGCAACGAGCGUUUGUCCCAAUCGCGGGAACCAGACUGAAAUCUAACCAAGAGAGCAUCGCUCCAGCGACAUGCUUUCGACAACCGACCGAAACCAAGACCAAGACCAACAAAGCGAGGGCUGCGGGCGAACAAGCGCCGCUUACUC